AGAUGUGGGAAAACAAAAAGGAAAAAAAAGAAGAAGAGAGAAAUACACGAGGCAUAUUAGCUAGAACUCAAUUUCAUGGCUGCGCCAGUGACCAUUGCUACAACGUUGUUGUUGUUGUUGUUCAACUCUGGUCUUGAUUAGAUGAACCAAUGCACAUUCCCACUUCAACUUCAAACCUUCCGAACCCUUCUCAAACAAUGCAUAGCCCAAAGAGAUUUUCUAACUGGAAAAUCCCUCCAUGCUUUCUACAUCAAAUCCUUCAUUCCACACUCAACUUACCUUUCCAACCACUUCACACUCCUUUAUUCCAAAUUUGGCACUUUUCCUAAUGCUUUAACAGCUUUUCACCUCACAAACUACCCUAAUGUCUUUUCCUACAACACCAUUAUUCAUGCUUGUGCUCAACACUCUUUCCUCCAACUUGCCCGCCAACUGUUCGAUCAAAUUCCUGAACCGGACAUUGUUUCUUAUAACACUCUCAUUGCGGCUUAUGCUCAUCGAGGUGAGUGUGGGCUGGCGUUGAGGGUGUUUAAGGAAGUUAGAGAGGUUGGGUUGGUGCUUGAUGGGUUUACGCUUUCUGGCAUGAUUAGUGCCUGUGUGGAGGAUGUUGGCCUUGUUAGGCAAUUGCAUUGUUUUGCUUUGUUGUGUGGAUAUGAUUGUUACGCCUCGGUGUGUAAUGCGGUUCUUGCUUGUUAUGGUAAGCAGGGACGGUUGGAUGAGGCGUGGCGGGUUUUUCGAGAAAUGGGGGUUGGGUGUAGGGAUAUGGUUUCGUGGAAUGCGAUGAUUGUGGCGUGUGGACAGCACCGGGAGGGAUUGGAGGCCCUAAGGUUGUUUGGGGAGAUGGAGAGGAUGGGUUUGGAGGUUGACAUGUUUACUAUGGCUAGUGUUUUUACUGCAUUCACUUGCCUUAAGGAUUUGUCUGGGGGAAUGCAGUUUCAUGGGAAGAUGAUCAAGAGUGGAUUCCAUAGGAAUUCUCAUGUUGGGAGUGGGUUGAUUGACUUGUACUCCAAGUGUGCUCCUCAUGGAAUGUUGGAAUGUAUGAAGGUGUUUCAGGAAAUCCCUAAACCGGAUUUGGUUCUUUGGAAUACCAUGAUUUCUGGAUUUUCCCAACACGAGGAUUUGUCUGAGGAUGCUCUUUCUAGUUUCCGGGAGAUGCAGCGUGUUGGUUUUUGUCCGGACGAUUGUAGUUUUGUGUGCGUAAUUAGUGCGUGCUCUAAUUUGUCAUCUCCCUCUGUGGGGAAACAGGUUCAUGCAUUGUCAAUCAAAUCUGAUAUCCCUUCUAACCGUGUUUCGGUGAACAAUGCUCUUGUUGCAAUGUACUCCAAAUGUGGUAAUCUUCAUGAUGCGAGAAGGAUAUUUGAUAAAAUGUCCGAACAUAAUACCGUAUCACUGAAUUCAAUGAUUGCAGGCUAUGCACAGCAUGGUGUUGAGGUUGAAUCGCUCCGGCUCUUUGGACUGAUGCUGCAAGAGCAAAUAGUGCCCAAUAAUAUAACCUUCAUAUCUGUUCUUUCUGCAUGUGCACACACCGGACAAGUUGAGGAGGGUGAGAAGUAUUUCAAUAUGAUGAAAGAAAAGUAUAGGAUUGAACCCGAAGCAGAACAUUAUUCAUGCAUGAUAGAUCUUUUGGGUAGGGCCGGGAAACUCGAGAAAGCUGAGAGGAUUAUCGAGACAAUGCCAUUUGAUCCUGGUUCUAUUGAAUGGGGUGCUUUGCUCGGUGCAUGUAGGAAGCAUGGCAAUGUGGAGCUAGCAGUGAAAGCAGCCAAUAAGUUUCUCGAGCUGGAACCGUAUAAUGCAGCUCCAUAUGUAAUGCUUUCAAGUAUGUAUGCCAGUGCCGGCAGAUGGGAAGAGGCUGCAACAGUCAAAAGGAUGAUGCGUGAAAGAGGAGUGAAGAAGAAACCAGGUUGUAGUUGGAUUGAGAUAGAUAAGAAGGUGCAUGUCUUUGUAGCUGAAGACACAUCACAUCCAAGGAUAAAAGAGAUUUAUGAGUACAUGAGCAAGUUGUUAAGGAAGUUGAAGCAAGCUGGGUAUGUAGCAGAUAUAAGAUUGGCAUUGGUGAAAGAUGAAGAGGUAGAAGCAGAAGAGAAAGAAAGAAGGUUAUGGUAUCAUAGUGAGAAACUAGCAAUUGCUUUUGGUUUGAUCUCAACUGAAGAAGGGGUGCCAAUACUGGUUGUGAAGAAUCUAAGAAUUUGUGGUGAUUGCCACAAUGCUAUCAAACUUAUAUCAGCGAUUUCUGGUAGGGAAAUCACGGUUAGAGAUACACACAGGUUCCAUUGCUUUAAGGAUGGGAAGUGUUCAUGCAGGGAUUAUUGGUGAUAGAUAUAUAAUCGAAGGUGUUAUUUCAGUGAGAAAAUAAAUUAUACCACCACAUUAUUUACAUACCUAGUUUAGUAGCUAAAACUAUUGUAAAAAUAGGAGAAAUGACCAAUACAAUUUUUUGUUUAUCCAUAUAAUUUUAUCAAUAGUAAAUUAUAAAUUUCUGUUAGGGCCCCAUAUGAAAAUUUAAUUUUCUGUCAUCUGUCAAGGAGCUUUAUGAUGUCUCGUAUGAACAUCAACAAGUCUGAGAAUUGAUUUCGAGAUUUAUUUCUUUUGUUUCCCUGAGUUGACAAAUGAUGCUACCAUAUUGACAAGGGGAUAUAAAAUUUGGGAUAUAUUAGGCACUUCAAAUAAGCUUGUUAUUUUCAUUGUUCAAGCUGUGAUUGGUGAUGGAUUAGUUUCUCUGCAAGGAGAUCAAAGUAACUGCUGACUGCUACCUAAUGCGGUGUGGUUGAAACUGUGUGGAGUGUUCAAAUGUUUGAAAUCGGCUCAUCAAGUUCCCAACAAUGGAAUUCUGGACGAAGUGACUCACGGUUUGAUGACUAUUGUGGAAAAACAAAGUUUAGCGGUUGCGAUCAGGUUUUUAAAAUUUUGGGAUUUGUAUUGCAGUGGCAGUUUGUCUUUGUCCUUGUGGUAAAUUUUUAAGCACCGUUACAGCUGCUGUUUUGCAGUUCAUAUUGGGUUGGUCUAGAAACCUAGAAGUUGUUUCUACUAAGACCACAAGACUGUAUGGAGCGGUAGUAACCAAUAUAAGGACUAUUUCAAACCUUAGUUCAGAAAAGGAAAUGGUUGAUGUAAUCUUCUCACCUCCAAUCUUGAAACUCCACUGCAACCCUGCUGUUGGAAGGGACAAAUAUGUGGAAAUGCAUAUGGGCUAUUUCAGUUUGCAUUCUAUGGUUCCUUUACACUUAAUCUUUGGUAUGUUGGUAGACUAGUGAAGCAGGGUAGUUCUGAUUUUUCUAAUUGCAAAGGGACAGUUUUCGGAAGACAUUUUGUUAGCCAAUUUUUAAUUAAGUGGAAAUUAGACAUUGUGAAAGAAGCUACAUGGGAGGAAGAAGUCACUACUAGGAGUCAAUGUCCUAAGCUCAGACUUGAGAACAAGUCUGUUUUUCAAGAGGGUGGCAAUGUUAGGACCCCAUAUGAGAACUUUGGCCCAAAUAGGAAAUUAGAACAUCAGCUGUCCAGGCCCAUUAUCAGGCUACUCUAUGUUAGGAGGGAACAGUUUGAGGAUGCUGACAUGGCAGGGGGUGAGGGAGCAUAUGGAUUGUGCGAUGUAUUCGGUUAUAUAAAGGAAGUUGUGUGAGGUGAGGGGGUAUGCAAAAGAAUCAUUUUCUGUUUUGGCCAGAGGAGUGCAUUUCUCUGAGACGAGCCUAGCUCUGUGGGUCGUUGGGAGUCUUGUUCCCAGCUGUAUUUACCUUUCCAUCAAUAAAAUACUAUAGUUCAUCCAUUGAUAUCUCUUAUUUUCCUGACUAUUGCCUUACUUGAUUCUAGGUUCACAUCAAUUUCACUCCAGCAUAGUUUAACUGUUAAGCAGAUGCCGAAGUCUACUAGUUUAAAAUUUAAAUUUAAAUUAUCUUUGCAAGAUAGAGCUAUGUACUUCUAGCUAAGCAAAUGCCAAAUGUCAAGUUGAUGUCCGUUACUUGGUUUCAUGAGAGGAGUGAAUGUAACAUGGCCUUGUUAGUUUGUAUAGGAACAUUACAACCUUGGUGUUAGUUAGAAGGUAAUUUCUCUUUAAGUAAAAGUUUUCUUUUGGUUGCUUCUAGGUUCUGCAUAGAUGGCAGAGUAGUGGAAAGUUUUUUAGGCUCUGUGUGUGUGUAAUAAUAAACUGCUGCUAUUUAGCACUGAAUGGAAGAAAUGAAAAUCAAUCACUAGUUAUCAUAUUCCCCGACUUAUUUGAUUUCCGGAAUUAGAGUUCGUCUGCAGCAGCCCCUUUUUUAUUUUGGGGGGAUCAAGUUUCUUGCCAACUAUCGACCCCGAUCUCUUUUCAUUUCUUUUGGGUAUUACUAGCCUAGCCUUCGUCAAUCACACUAAAGCAGAGCACCCAACUACGGAUUCACUCUAAAGGAAGGUACUCAACAUUUCAACUUGUGUCCUUUUCAGUAUUACAUUAUUCUAAAGGACAUUGUAGAUAAUUUGGUUGAUGAAAUGUUGUCACAUGGUAUCAUACAGCAUAGAGCAUAGCACAAUCUGUUUUGAGUUUUUGGUCGUAUCCUUCGGCUGAACCAAUGCUCUAGUUUCUUCCAAUCAUUCAUGAAUCAUAUUUUCCAUCCAUUUUUACGACGGUUUGCGUUCAUCUUAUUUGAUAAUAUAUUAAUAUUGGUAUGUAGUCCCUCCAUGAUUGACCGUGUGCUGCACCUCAAGUUGGUUUUCGUAAUCAUAAGGGGCAAUACAGUUAUGCCUCACAAAUCUAAGUUGCUUUUGAACCAACAGAGUGGAAUACUUGAGCCAUUUUCUUUGGCCAUAUUAGAUUGGAGAAGAAUGCUCAUAUCUUCAAUUAAAUUUCACUGUCUCUUAGCCUUUGUAUUUAAGAGUUAAAUAUGUUUUACAUCAAUUAGUAAGUUUUAGUUAGUUUGUUCUCUAUGUUUCAUCCAAACAACAAGUUUUAAGACGUUGAGGAGAAUUACAAGACGUUUUGUGCAGAGACCUGAUUUUUAUUAAUAAUAUAUUUGUUGUUCAAUA